AUGAAGGGUAUUAUGCGAUUUGGGAAGAGGGGUAAGUUGAACCCGAGGUACCUUAGCCCAUUUGAGGUUCUCCGUCGAGUUGGAGAUGUUGCGUAUGAGUUGGCUUUUCCACCAGGCCUGUCAAGUGGUCAUCUGUUUUUCCAUGUGUCCAUGCUGAAGAAGUAUCAUUCUUAUGGUUCUCAUAUAGUUCGUUGGGAUUCUGUGUUGCUUGAUGAGAAUCUAUCUUAUAAGGAGGAUCCUAUAGCGAUUCUGGAUUGGCAGGUUAGGAAGCUGAGGUCGAAAGAGAUUGCUUUGGUCAACAUUUAA